AAGAAGAAGAAUUGUAGUUCUAGCUCUCAGUCUGACUGCCAUGUGUCCUACAAUAACCAAACGGUAUGACAAUACGAAACCCCGACCAGCUUUGGUGUUAAUUAAUAGGGACAACAACACAAGAUAACGAUCUUAAAAAGUUAAUGAAGCGCACUUCCAUCGAAAAACAGAAGGCGGAAAGCAUCGUUGCUUAGCGACCAACGGGCCAAACAAGUGCAGGCAGCAAUUGAGCAGCUGGAUCAAGUAAUCAGCAUAACGUUUGUAGCAUUUCAUGUGGAUUCAAAACUAUAAUAUUAACUAAUGAAAUGGCAGGCAAGAAGAAAGAAGCGAGUUUGCAGGCGUCUAUCACAAACCAAGAGCAGUGGGAGGAGAUGCUUGCAACCAAAGGUUUAACAGUUGUAGAUGUGUACCAGCAGUGGUGUGGCCCCUCUCGAGCUGUGGUCAGUCUCUUACGGAAAAUAAAGAACGAACUGGCUGAUGACCUAUUACAUUUUGCCACAGCCGAGGCAGACAGUAUUGACACUUUGGAGAAGUAUCGAGGGAAAUGCGAGCCCACUUUCCUCUUCUUUGGGGGUGGGGAGCUGGUGGCUGUGCUGCGAGGGGCCAACGCUCCUCUCCUUCAAAGGAUAAUUGUGGAGGAACUGGCCAAGGAAAAAUUGGUCCUGGAGCAAGGUGUUGAACGCAAAGGGGUUAUAGAUGAAGGUCUGGUGGAUGAUGAGAAAAAAGACGAGGAGAAGACACCUGAGCAGUCAGAAGAAGAAGAAAGCAUAAUUGUUCCUGCCAGUAAAUCCUACACAGUUGCCAUCAUAAAACCAGAUGCUGUUGCUCACGGCAAGGCAAAUGAGCUCAUUAUGAAGAUUCAAGACGCUGGGUUUGAGAUCCUGGCCCAAGAGGAACGCAUGCUGACUGAGGUUGAGGCUCGAGAUUUUUACCAGCAAAAAGCAGAAGAGGCUUGCUUUGAGGAGUUGGUGCAGUUUAUGUCCAGUGGUCCGUCCCACAUUCUGGUACUCUCUCAGGUUGAGGGCUCAGCUAACGUUGUCCCAGCAUGGCGUGAGUUCAUUGGUCCAGCAGACAUAGAGGAAGCCAGGAGGGAAAACCCAGAAAGCUUGCGGGCACAAUACGCCACACAGACACUGUUCAACGCAGUGCACGGUAGUGAGGACAUCGACCAGGCCAGCAGGGAGCUCGCCUUCUUCUUCCCCAACUUUAGGACGGCCUCAGCAACGGAGCAGGAUGGGGAGGAAGAGCGUGUGGAGAGGACACUGGCUCUUAUCCAGCCUGACGUUGCCAGAGAAAAUAGAGAGGAGAUCUUGGAUCAUAUCCAUAAGUCAGGCUUCACCGUGGCUCUCCAAAGAGACGUGAUGUUGACAGAGGAGCAGGUCAGACAGUUUUACUACCAACACGUUGAGGCGGACUAUUUUCCUGCACUGCUUCGAAACAUGACCAGUGGGCCAGUGCUAGCUUUGGCUCUGUCCAGAACGGGAGCUGUCUAUCUCUGGAAGAACAUGCUUGGUCCCUCUGACGUUAAUGAAGCCAAAGAAGAAAAUCCCGAAUGUCUAAGGGCCCGGUUUUCAGUGGAGAAUGAGCCCAUCAACCAGCUGCAUGGCAGCGAAAGCCUGGAAGAGGCCGAACAAGAGAUUAACUUCUUCUUCCCUAAACAGAAAACUCUAGCAGUGAUCAAACCUGAUGCAAUGGAAGAACACAGAGAUACAAUUUUAGAGGAGAUCAGGGGCAGAGGUUUCUCUGUAACGCAAUUGAAGGAGGCGGUGCUGUCGAGGGAGAUGGCCGAGGAGUUUUACAAAGAGCACAAAGAGAAGCCUUUCUUUAAACAACUGGUGGAAUUCAUGUGUCGGGGUCCCUGUAUGAUGCUUGUACUCACCAAGGAAAAUGCAGUGGAGGAGUGGAGGGCCAUAAUGGGCCCCACAGACCCAGACCAAGCAAAGAUGACAUCCCCAGACUCUCUUAGGGCGCGCUUUGCCUCCGACAUGCUCCACAACUCGGUCCACGGCUCCUCCAAUGAGCUGCAUGCAGAGGAGAAGAUCCGUUUUAUCUUCGGUGACAUCUGCUCUGACGCAGAGCUCACUGCUGAUGGAGGGACUAACACAAUCACUUCAGAGAAAGAGCAAGACAGUUCUUCAGAUGAAAACACAGGAAUGUCCAGAUCUUCUACUGAAGAAAUGUCUGGUAACCUUCAUGAAGGUGACCAACAUAAUUCAGAUCCCUGCAACCCACAGAGAGAAGGAAGUGCUGAUCCGGAGCAGUGAGACUGAGGUCUUCUAGUGUCUCUUGUAUUUUGGGGCUUAUUCUGUAACAUAAUGGUAAAACACAAAAUCUGUCACUCCAUGAAUCAUGAAAUAUACAUUAAGAGAUGACAUGUACACACUUUAAAGACUUGCAGAUGAUGGAUCUAUAAUAAAGUGACCAUGUAUUCCUUUCCCUGUUAAAGGUAGUUCUUUUUGAUCUUUUCGAUAGCCUUUAGCUCAAUCGAGACUAUACAUUCAUCUCAGAUUGCCAACUACUACAAUGAAGGGUUAACUCUGUAUGGAUGUCGCGAUUAACAAGUUAAAAUGUGUUACACAUUUCUUUAUUUUUUCUUAUCUGUCAAAAUAUAUAUAGGGUUGUUCAGUUAUUUUACAUCUUUUACAAAAAGUAGCUCUGAAAAGUCAUGAUAGGCUCAACAGGGAGGGUUUCAGAGUCAUCUGCUGAAAAGGUCUAUCAUGCCGCUUUUGCUGGGGUUUUGUCCGACAACACCAUGGCGUUGAGCAGAACUGUUUUCAGGCGGGGUGUCAUCCCAGUCGUCUGCAGCCUCCAGUAAGAGGGCUUCAUCCAUGUCGUUAUCCCCAGUGAAAGACCUCUGGAACAUCUCCAUGAUGCUCCUCUGUUUAGGGUCCUGAACAAAUCCAAACCAUCCGUUCAUUCAAUCCACUGAAACCAUUUCUUAUUUAUUUAGCCAUGUAAGCUCUGUUGUACUGUGUAGUAAAUAUGGUAAUGCUAUUCAAAAACUGUGAACAGGAUUAUACAUUUUGUUCUAUACGGAUGCAGAGCUUACCUUGGAGUGGAAGCUGGCGAUCACUGCUUUGUCGGAGAGGUUUGACUCAGACAAACCCACCUGCUCCAAGACAUUCAUUUUCUGCUGGAUCAUUGGCCUGGAUCAAUAAAGAUAAACAUUGUUAAAAAAAGAGCAGGAACAAUUAAUGCAGUCCUUGUCACAAUCGGUGUCAGACAAUUAAUGCUACCGUGAGCCCUUGAGCCCUCCUCCCCCCCCAUUACAGUAGACGGAUGAAUAUGGAAGGAAAAGGACUUUAAAACAUUUGGGUCGCACUGCCCACUUGCCCACAUACCACAGGUGAUCAUCAGCUGUUCCCUUGGCAACCAGGUAGUGAAUGUUCACGUUGCUGGUCUGUCCAAUACGGUGCACCCUGUCCUCGGCCUGCACGAGAACCUGCAGGGGACAAAAAGCAAUUGCAAAAAUUAGCAUUUGCGUUUUCCUUUUUAUUACCAAACCUUUAUUCAGGUUUACGUUGACUACUGCGCUGCAUAAAGAGAAAAGUCAAUAAAAUGCUGAGUCACUAUUCAGGAAUAAAGCUUCCGACAGCUGGAAAUGAAAGAUAUGGUUACUUAUGCAGAGUUCAGGUAGAGUGCAAGAAUUAGAUCCGUUUGAAUGGAGUUUUUUUUGUGGAUUUGUCCCCCUUUUGCUGCCCAAUUUUAGAAAGCCCCAUUCGACUGUAUUGCCAUUUGUGUCACAUUGUUGUCACAAAAAGCGACUGGGAAAUUCCUAUAUUGGCUGGAAGAAAAGCCACGAAAAGUCAAAUUCAGUUCCAUUUUACAUAGCAGCAAUAGAAAGUGUUUUAUAAGUCACUUUCUAACACAGGGCAGAUGAAGAAGAUGUACAGCUUUGAUGUUGGCCCCUGAAGGGCAA